GCUCAAGUUUCUUAUAACUUUCAUACUUUUAAUCUCUUCUUCCAUUCUUCGCUUUCAUUUUUGUAUUUUUUCUUUUCGCCGCAGAACCAGUGCACUAUACUCCCCUACCUACCCUCUGCUCUAUUAUUCUAUCAAAUUUUCAGCUCUUCCUGGCAUAAUUCCAUAUUGAACGGAAAAAAUUACUUUCAUUAGUAGUUCAUUUUUAGGAUUAUUAAAUUGGAACCUGCAAUUGACCAUGGAUUCGGGUCCCGGUCACGUUCGCAAAGGUUCUACCUCGACAGUCAGCACUGAGGGAGGAGAUGGAGCUUCUUUGAAAUCUUCUAGGGAUAAUAAGAAAGGAUUUAUCGUGAAUAGCAGAAUAAAAAGAGGUGGUGGACACCUUCGACUUGGACGACCUGGAAAAAUAGCCGCCGCAAAUACUCGUCCUAAUGUUUUAACAAGGACUUCCUCCCAUAAUCCUAAUUACGAUCGUCAUCACCAUACGCAUGCCGCUAUACCGAGACAAAGAUCACUUAAUGACCUUAAUGACUUGCAUGGGUCGAGGGUGGUCGCAGCGAGGACUGGCUUAAUUCCAUUGACUCAAAGGAAGCCUAAACUUGUUUGGGAAGAAGUUACGAAUGAUAAUGACUCUACAGCUGGAAAUAUUGACACCGAAAGCAUUCGCACUGAUCCACCCAAACCAGAAUCUCAUAAUCCCCCUCCAUCCGAUUCUGCGCAGUUGAAACAAGAACAACCAUACAAACUGCAUGAACAAAAACCUUCUUUUUAUCCAGAAGCAAAACGAGCAUACAGUGAGAGUUCUUACGAAGUCGAACAUCAAAACUUUCCUUCGGUAGCUAUUUCACCUUCGCAAGCUGCCACAGGUGAAUCGUCUAUCAAAGAGGAAACGAUUCAUCCAAAUGCUAUCUCCAAUUUACCUCCUUCAGAUCAGCAUGCAGUCAUUCCUGACUUUUCUGAUCGUCCCCUUGCACCCACAGAGAUGUAUCCACGGUACCCACUUGCUGCUCCGAAAACUCCUAGUACAACACAAUCAAGUCCUGUUCAUAAAGAAGCUUUACUACCAAAGUCUUCAAUUGAGCAUGGACCCCUUACUUCUAAUUAUCAAGCCGCAUUUCACAAUCAAGGUCAGGAACCGGUCCCCCCUAAGACACUUAUUAAUACUGAUCCUUCGAAAACCGUCGAUUUAGACGCACAAAGUGUCACUACUUCUCUUCCAGGAGAUAUACUUACGAACCGCAAAUUUUCUUCAAAUGUCACCAAAUCACCAGCUCAAUUGUACGACAUAGGUGCUUCAACUAGUCGAACACAACAGAAGCUUUUAAUUCAGCGAGCUUCUUCCCGAUUUGAUACCGUGGAAGAUGAUGCCAAUACAAAUCCCGCCAAACGCUAUAUACAUCCUCAAGCAAAGCAAAUUACAGACUCAGUGCGAACAAAUUUCCGCAAUGUUAGAAGGAACCGCGAAAUAGUAUAUGAAUUUUUGAUUAAACUUCGUCCUUUUGUAAUUUCUUCAGAAAUUGAAGAUUUCUCUUCGUCUUCCAACCCCUUUACCUCAAGUCCGCAUGCUCCGAGUUCUUCAACCCCGGGUCUUUACUCGGAAAAUGCGGUUGGCUUUUCUUCGACAUCUCACUCUGUAAAUCCUACCGAGAUACUUCAUCCCUCUCAGCCGUCGUAUCCUUUAGCUAAUACACAUAGAAAAUCCAUUCACGUUCCCAAAGUUCGAAAAGGAGAGGAACCAGAAACAGUGGAGAAUAAAAUUUUGGAAUUAUGGAAAUAAAAGUCACUCCUUCAUAUCUUCUCUUUGUUAUAAUUCGACUCGGUCCUAACUAUUUCUCUCAUACUGAAAAAUUUUGGCUAAAAGUAUCUUGUGUGUACUUAUUUAUUUUUAAUUUAGUUAAAAAUUAUUUAAUAAUUUAAUAAUAACUUAUCUUUUCUUUUCUUUUCUUUUCUUUACCUA